AUGCAUGGAGUUGUUCCUGCUCAGAGCCCUGUGGGUGUCUACAUUUCUGAUGCCCUCAUUGCCAAGAGGAAUUUGGCCUUCACAAAAGAUGAGGAUCCUUCAGCGGUGAGGCCUCGGGCUCUGGCUACACUGCAGACUGUCCGCCUAGACCGAGAGGGCAUCAGUUGUAUAGGAAACUUGGAGGGCCUCCGAGCCAUUCACAGUCUCUACCUCCAAGAGAACGAGAUCCAGCGAAUUGAGAACUUAGACUGUCUCCCUUGCUUACGCUUCCUAACCCUGGCAGGAAACAAGAUCCAACAGGUAGAAAACCUUCAUGGGCUCCAGCAGCUGCAGCUCUUGGACUUGUCUCACAACCAAAUUGCAACAUUGCAACUAGCUGAGUUUCCCAGGAACCUCCUAGUCCUUAAUCUUUCUGGGAAUGACUGUACCAAGCAGGAUGGCUACAGGGAAAUGGUGACAGAGUCCUUACCUAGGCUUCUAGAUCUAGAUGGUGAGAGGGUGCCUGGAUGGGAGGACCCAGAGGAGGAGGACAAAGCGACAGACCCCCAGGACGAGUUCCCUGAGUUGAGUGACCCCUUCUGUGCUGAACGAGGCUUUUUCGAGGAACUGGAACUGGAGCUGGCCACCAAUAGGGACAGGAGACUAAGGGAGGCCCUGAUGGAGCAUGAGAUGAGGAUGACAUUCAAGCCUGUGACCACUGACCUCUCAAUGCUGCCAGGGGCCCCUCUGCCCAAGAGCCACAGCCCAUCCUCAGUGUCUGAGCAAGACACAGCAGGGGCCAGCCCCACUGCCAUUUCCCCUGGGCAAAUUUCUGCGGUCAGGAAACCCCGUGGCCUAGACAGCCAGCGGCAGAGAAACACAGUCCAGGUGGAGAAAAGGGGAAGGCUGACCACAGGCCCCCAAGCCAAGGUUCAAUGUGCUACCAGAAUGGCAACCAUCAGAGCCAAGAAAUAAAAGGCCACAGGCUCACCCCACCUUUCCUCUCCCAGCAAAGCCACGG